AAAUUUCCCCCACCACCACCUCCAACCCAUUACAUCCCCCCCAAAGGCAAUCCCUCCACUACCCCGGAGACCACCAUGGCCGACGAAGACGAAGACGCGCCCAAGCUGCGCAACCAAGAAGACGACGAAAUCGACGCCAGCGAAGAAACCCAAGAUUUCCGCUUCCUGAACAACCUCCAUGCGUUCGAUCCAGGCAACCUCUCGCUCCCCAAGCGCGGAGAGAAAGACUUCGAAACCGAUGCCACCAACCUCCAACUCGACACCCUCGAGGCCUCGCGCCAGGCCAUGCACAGCGUCCUGUCGUGGACCCGCGUGCACAAAGACAAGAAUCGUAUUCUUGGCAUGUACCACGCGGAGAGCAACAUGGCGUACGUCGAAAAAGCGAAGACGCAGAUGUUCCAGACGAUAGGGCGCGCGAAAGGCGGGAAGGAGUGGCUCUUGCCUGAGGAGGCGCUGUUCUUGAUCGAGCGUGGCAGUAUGGAUUGCCGAUGGCCUGUGAAAGAGGAGGAAGGCGAGACUGCGAAUAUUGAAGACGGUGCACCGAUGAGUUUGCAGGGUGCUUACUCUGCAUUCAUCGGGUUUGAAGAGGGCGUAGGGGGAAAAUUGACACUCGAGAUGUAUAAUGUCUACGCGGGAUUGCGCAGGUCUGGAUACAUCGUUUUCCGCACAGGAAGCUGGGACGACGAUUUCGGCGUCUUGCGGACGGAUAUGACAGAACCCAAAGGAUCAGAAUUACAAUCGCAGGGAAGCAUAUUCUACCGCUUCUUCGCGGAGAUCUGGCGACGAAUCAGCACGCCAAACCGCAAUGUCACCGCAGAUGGCCUCCGCUUCGGCCCGCUCGUUAAGCCGGGUCUCUAUCGAAAUUAUGCAGAUAUAUACCGACUCCUCAAGAUCGUCCCCACCCACGACCGCAAGGCACCUCCCAGCUUCGUGCUCCCAGCCGACCGCACCAACCCCUACCGACUCCACUUCGACGUCUACAAGACCGGAACUGGCAAGUUCAGCAAGGCUCGACGAGGGGAUCCGGAUUUCAGGGUUGCGGUCAUUAGCGCAAGGGACACUCCUCUUCCGACGAGCUCGCAGUUGAACGACUUACUCGCGACUGCGCCGUACUCGCCCCCAGAUCCGGCGAAUAAGAAUAUGUAUGCUAGGUUGAAACACGGGACGAGGAAUGUGAUUUUGGCGGUGGUUGAUAACGGUCUUCCGAGUUACAUAAAUGUUGCGGAUACCCCCUUCGAUGGCGAGAGGUUGUUUGAGAAUUCCCUCAAGCCGUUCCGCGGCAAAGGUGGUGGAAGAGGUCGCGGUGGCAGAGGCCGUGGAAGAGGAGGCAGAGGUCGAGGCAGGUGAAAAGGGAACUUUUGGCGGGACGUAAUGAUCACAAAUAAGCUCGACUGUGUCUAAUGAACCAGGACACUGAAGUCACUUCUACUGGGUAUUGCAAUAUUGAAUUGCGAAGGCCCAGCUUCUCAAGUUGAUUCUGAGUUGAGCUGCAGUCGGAAUCCGGUUUCCUUAAAGCCGGACAGAAAUCCAGACAUAUACUCUAGGCUUCUGGUCAAAGAAAUGACCAUAACUCCACAGGGCCAUCACUUUUUGAUAUCAAAGCAAGCAUGGAUCCACGAAGCCAAAUCAUGUAUUGGCAAUUGUGUUUGCAAAGCAACGUAUGAGUUAAAUCUACAGAACAUGAUAUCCUCAAUAUAUACAUUUACCAACGUUC